UUAUCCUUAUCCUUCGUCUAUUGUAAAAACAAUAUUAGAAAUGCUUGAAGGUUUAGAUUGGAAUAGAUCUGCCGAUCUUCCAGAAGAGUACACGUGCAAAGAAUUAGAUAGUAUUAAAUGGAGCGUUAAUCAUUGGAAAAAAACGGGGAAAACUGCUAUUAAAGUGUCAGAAUUGAUAUAUGUUGAUAAUGAAUCUGGUAAAAAAUUAUGUGAAUGGAAAGAACUUGAUGAAUUUAAAUAUUUUCCGCCUAGAGAAAUUUUUGUUUUUGCAUGUAAAUGUAUUGAAAAUGGAGAUUUAAUUAUGAUCACAAAACAAGGAAUUAGAAUUUUUACAAUUAUUCAACCUUCAAAGAAAAUUAAAAUGAGAUACUUUUGGGAUAAUGAUCGUUGGAGAGAAAUUUGGAAAUCUUCAAAGAAACUUGAAAAACCUUUUGAUUUUGAUCAAGUAAAAGUUGAAUUGUCUCGAAGACGUAAUAAACUUCCUCCUCUAGAUAUUACUAGAUUAAUUGAAUUAUAUGAAACCUUUUAUGUAGAAAAUAAUUAUAGAAUUUGGCCUUUUAAAGAUUUAUUAAGAAAUUACUUACAAGAUACUACAACACUCGCAAAAUAUGGAAAAAAAAUUUUAUAUAAGGCGAUUGAUGCGAAAAAAGGGAAUAUUGUAGAACUUAUUUGUAAUAUGUGUUUAAACUUUCUUGAAAAAGAUUCGGAUAAUUUUUAUUUACUAAGAAUUAUCGUUAAAUGUUUACCUAAAUUACAACAAAAUUAUCCUGACAUUGUAGCAGAAUUUAUGGCAAAAUCCUCAAUGAUAUUGGAUCAUCAAUGUUUUAUUGUUACUAAUUCUGAGUAUACUCUUAUUCAUGGUUAUUCGAGG